AUGGAUGCCUCCGCCAUUAGAAGUUGCAUAAUAGCGACCCUCGACGCCGAUGCCGACAUUCGCAGGAGGGCCGAGUUGCAGCUCAAACAGGCAGAGGAACACAAUGGCUUUCUUGACGCCCUCCUCGACAUCUUGCAGUCUGAGCAGGACACAAAUUACCGUCUUUCCACCGUCAUCUACAUCAAGAACCGCGUCAACCGAGCCUGGGCUGGGACAGACCAUUUCCCAAACGAGCAUCCCAUAGCCGAAGACGAAAAGUCGAGAGUCCGCGAACGGUUAUUGCCCAUCCUGGCCUCGUCACAAGGUCUCAUCCGACAACAGCUCAUCCCCAUCCUGCAAAGAAUUCUACACUGGGACUUCCCCGAGAAAUGGCCUACUUUCAUGGACUUCACCAUCCAACUACUGAACACCAACGACCCCCUGUCAGUGCUUGCCGGUCUGCAAUGUCUGCUGGCCAUCUGCCGUGCCUACCGCUUCAAGGCCGGUGAUGGGGAGAACAGGACGCACUUCGACAAGAUCAUCGAGGCCAGCUUUCCCAGGCUGUUGGCUGUUUCGACCGAACUCGUGGCACAGGAGAGCGAGGAGGCUGGAGAGAUGCUCCACAUUGCUUUGAAAGCAUACAAGCACGCGACAUGGCUUGACCUGUCCGCCUUCCUCCGCCAGCAGGAGAAUACGAUAGGAUGGUGCACUGUCUUCCUGCAGACGGUAUCCAAGACCCCGCCUGCCAUUGCAAUGUCGGAUGAGCCCCUCGAGCGCGAACGGCACCACUGGUGGAAGGCAAAGAAGUGGGCAAACGAGGGCGAUCAGAUGGCCUUUGCCAACUUCUUCUCCUCGAAUAUUGCACCCGAAAUCCUCAAACACUACCUCCAGGAGAUUGAGAAGCCCUGCUUGUCCUACACCAUUGUCUUCAUGGAUGAAUGCGUACGGCCCAAAGAGAUGUGGGCACACCUCCGGCCUCACCUCACCAACCUCGUCACCCAUUUCAUCUUCCCAGUACUCUGCCUGUCUCAGGAGGACAUCGAGAAGUUCGAGGACGAGCCUGAGGAGUACCUCCACCGGAAAUUGAACUUCUACGAGGAAGUCUCAGCUCCAGACGUGUCGGCGACGAACUUCCUGGUGACGCUGACCAAGAACCGCCGGAAGCAGACCUUUGAACUUCUGCAGUUCAUCAACAACGUUGUGAGCACCUACGAAUCUGCGCCGGAUGACAAGAAGGACCACAUUGCCAAGGAGGGUGCUUUGCGCAUGAUUGGAACGCUCGCACCGGUCAUUCUCGGCAAGAAGUCUCCGAUCGCAGAUCAGGUCGAAUACUUCCUCGUCCGAUACGUUUUCCCAGACUUCACUAGCUCUCAAGGCUACCUCCGGGCCCGGGCAUGUGACACAAUUGAGAAGUUCGAGCAGCUCGACUUCAAGGACCAGAACCACCUGCUCACCAUCUACCGUAACAUCUUGGACUGCAUGGCCGACCCAGCUCUCCCGGUCCGUGUCACGGCUGCCCUUGCCCUUCAGCCUCUCAUCCGACACGACAUCAUCCGCACCAGCAUGCAGACGGCUAUCCCCACAAUAAUGCAACAGCUUCUGAAGCUGGCAAACGAGGCUGAUAUCGAUGCUCUUGCCAACGUCAUGGAGGACUUCGUCGAGGUCUUUGCUACUGAACUGACUCCGUUCGCCGUUGCCCUCAGUGAGCAGCUGCGUGAUACCUACCUCCGAAUCGUGAACGAGCUCCUGGAGAGGAACAACUCGCGGGACGACGACGAGUACGGCGACUUCCUUGACGAUAAGAGCAUUACGGCCCUUGGUGUCUUGCAGACGAUAGGAACCUUGAUCCUCACCCUGGAGAGCACACCCGAUGUUCUGCUUCACAUCGAGGCUGUGCUCAUGCCGGUUAUUCAAAUUACGCUAGACAAUAAGCUCUAUGAUCUGUACAAUGAGGUGUUCGAGAUUAUUGACAGUUGUACCUUUGCCGCCAAGGCCAUCUCACCCACCAUGUGGCAAGCCUUCGAGCUCAUCCACCGCACUUUCAAGGCGGGAGCCGAACUGUACCUCGAGGACAUGCUUCCCGCCCUGGAUAAUUUUGUGCAGUUUGGCGUGCCGCAGCUGAUCCAGAAGCCGGAGUACGUCGAGGCUCUGUACUCGAUGGUUUCAGAUAUGUUUAAUGACCCCAAGGUCGGCGGCAUCGACAGGAUCUGCGCCUGCAAACUGGCCGAGGCCAUGAUGCUGAGCCUGCCUGGUCACAUUGACAACUGCGUCAAUGGGUUUAUCAACAUGGCCAUGUCGGUGCUGACGACCGAGGAGGUCAAAAUCAAGUCGUACAAGAUCCACUUGAUGGAGAUCAUCAUCAACGCCAUCUACUACAACCCGAUUCUGACGCUCCAGGUGCUUGAGACAAAAGGCUGGACGAACAAGUUCUUCAGUCUGUGGUUCGGCAGCAUGGAAUCGUUCCACCGAGUCCACGACAAGAAGCUCUGCAUUGUCGCCAUCGUGGCACUUCUAGGCCUAAACCCUGACCAAGUACCGCCAAGCGUCGCGGUCGGAUGGCCUCGGUUGCUCCAGGGUGUUACCUCGCUGUUCAAGACCCUCCCAAAUGCGUUGAAAAACCGUGAGGACGCUAUGAAGGACGAUUACGGUCUUGAUGCGAACUAUUCGUACGACGACGAGGAAGAGUGGGGCGACGACGAGGCUGCAUGGACAGCAGAGGAGGAGCAGGAGGAGGAGCCCACGGAUGCCAAGGACGAGAGCACGGCAUAUCUGGAGUUCCUCAACGAGGAGGCAAGUCUUUCCUGCAAGAGCGAUGCUCGAGCGCAAAAGUUCGGUCAUCUCGAGGAACAAGAUUCAGACGAUGAACUCGGGGAGCAUAGCGUGCUACUCGAGUCUCCUCUUGACAAGCUCGAGCCGUACCAAAUUUUCAGAUUGCAACAAGAACAGCCGCAGUUCUACUCCGGGCUGUCUUCUCACCUGUCAGCGGAGGAACAAGGUGUGAUCCAGUCUGUAGUACAGCAAGCCGAGGCAAAUUCGGUUGCUGCACAACAACAAGCCCAGCAGCUUGCCGCUGGAGCCAACGGCGAAUGGAUCAAGGGCCUCCUCGCAGUGCCGUUCGUGCUGCACUCGCAGCCGCAGGGGGUGUUCCUGGGCAGGAGCCACGCGCCCAGCCUGGAGCACAUGGCCGAGGAGUCGGCGCGGAGGUACGCUGAGAUCUGCAAAGACGUCGAGGUCAUGAUCGACGACCACAUCGGCCUGCAGAACGAGGACUCGCCGCUGCCGUCCAAGCUCAAGCUGCUGGUGCCCACCGUGGGCACCUUCUUCACGCGGCUGCCGCUCGAGGCCGCCUUCAAGUUCCAGGACCGCAAGCGCUACAUCUCGAGCCGCCGCUUCGUCUCGCCCUCGUUCAACGACGUGCGCCUCAUCCUCAACUCGGCCCAGAUCAUGGCCGUCACCACCUACAGCUCCCUGCACCUCGCCACCUUUGACGGCGACGUCACCCUCUACGACGACGGCCAGUCGCUCGAGCCCUCGAGCCCCCUCGUCCCGCGCCUGCUGGACCUGCUGCGCAGCAACGUCCGCGUCGGCAUCGUCACCGCCGCCGGCUACACCACCGCCGACCGCUACUACGCCCGCCUGCACGGCCUCCUCGACGCCAUGGCCGCCUCUCCCUCCCUGUCCCCCCAGCAGAAGUCCAACCUGCUGGUCAUGGGCGGCGAGGCAAACUACCUCUUCGCCUUCGACGAGUCGGCCGGCCCGCACCUGCUGCGGCCCGUGCCCCGCCACGAGUGGCUGACCCCGGAGAUGGCCGCCUGGUCUGGCGCCGACAUCGCCGCCCUGCUCGACGACGCCGAGGCCGCCCUGCGCGAGUGCGUCAAGUCCAUGAACCUGCCGGCCGUCCUCAUGCGCAAGGACCGCGCCGUCGGAAUCAUCCCGGACCCGCCCGGCGCCCGCAUCCCGCGCGAGUCCCUCGAGGAGACGGUCCUCGUCACCCAGAAGAUCCUCGAGCUCAGCUCCGCCGGCCGCGCCAAGAGGGUGCCCUUCUGUGCCUUCAACGGCGGGCGCGACGUCUUCGUGGACAUCGGCGACAAGUCCUGGGGCGUGACCGUGUGCCAGAAGUACUUUGAGAAGCAGUCGCAGAACAGCGGCGGCAGCAGCAAGCUGCAGUUCGGGCCCGAGAACACGCUGCACGUGGGCGACCAGUUCCUCAGCGCCGGCGCCAACGACUUCCGCGCCCGCAGCGUCGGCACCACGGCGUGGAUCGCGAGCCCCGAGGAGACGGUCGACCUCCUGGACGAGCUAGGCGACCUAAUGUACAAGAAGCUGACCUGA